GCGCGAAAUUUGUAAAUAUGGCGGCGAGAGGAAGAAUAGUGAAAACCUUCAAAUUUCAUGGUCUAUCUUUACAAAGUGAAUCGUCACGUUUUCUUGGCGACGUUUUAUCAACAGUGAACGUAAAAGAUAUUGAUGAGUGGCUGGACAGAAUCAUUGAGAGUAUCCAAAACAACAUUGUAUUGUCAUCAACGUCAAUCGGUAAAGAUCUCGUUGUGAAUGCUGUUGAAGAAUGCAGUGAAGGAUCAGAGGAAAAGAGUGACAAUGUUUUUGCUGUCAUAGAUGCAUUUGAAGUGCCUCGAUAUGAAUACAAUGUUGAUAGGAAAAAAUAUUUGAGAGAUACUAUAAACGAUUUUCAUCUCCAUCCAACAGCAUCAUGUAAAGCCAAGUUUUAUCAAGAUAGAUAUAUGACAAUAUAUCAGCGAACCAUCAGACAUGAAUUAUUUGCACCACCAUCUGUGGUUACUCAUCCAAGUCAAAAAACCAAUAAGUAUGAGUUAAAACCUGUUGAGUAUCUCCUCGGAAGUACAGCAAUAUUAGGUAAACUCAUUGUACUUGGAAUGGUAACUCAAAUCAAAGAGGGAAAAUAUUACUUGGAAGAUCCAACUGGUGUUGUUCCAGUAGAUUUGUCAAAAGCAAAAUAUCACACAGGUUUAUUUACUGAAAACAGCUUUGUUUUAGCUGAAGGAGUCUAUGAAGAUGGCGAGUUUCAUGUUGAGGCCUUGGGUUGCCCUCCAUCUGAGCCUUCGCAAGUAACGAGAAACUAUUUUGGAAACAUAAACUUUUUUGGUGGUCCUUCUGCAGUGGCUUUAAAGACGUCAACAAAACUUCGUACCAUCGAAGAAGAUAAUCAAGAAGCAAUGUUUGUCAUUCUGUCAGAUGUUUGGUUGGACUUACCUAAGGUUAUGGCCAAACUGAGAGUCUUAUUUAACGGCUACGCUUCUGUUCCCCCAACUUUGUUUAUAUUUUGUGGAAAUUUUAUUUCCAAACCUUUUGGCUCCAAACAUUCUUGGAAAUUACGCGAAUGCUUCAAUGAUCUUUCAGAUUUGAUCUCAGAAUUUCCUUCAUUAGUUGAAAGUAGUCGUUUUGUGUUCGUCCCAGGCCCUCAGGAUCCUGGCCCAGGAAAUAUUUUACCAAGGCCGGCUCUACCAUCGUGUCUGACACAGCGCAUGAAGUCAAAAAUACCUUUCACAUUUUUUGCUACUAACCCAUGCAGAAUACAGUACUGCAGUCAAGAGAUCGUUGUUUUCAGAGAGGAUUUAGUGAAUAAAAUGUGUCGUACUUGCAUUCAUCUUCCCAAGGAUCUCGAAAACAUACCAAGCCACUUGGUUAAAACAAUCAUUUCGCAAGCUCAUCUUGCUCCUCUUCCUCAUCAUGUAAGACCAGUAUAUUGGAAUUACGAUAACGCUUUACGAAUAUAUCCCGUCCCUGAUCUGAUAAUUCUCGCCGAUAAAUACCACUCUUAUGUACAACCUACGUCAUUAGAUUGUACUUGUGUGAAUCCUGGGUCAUUUUCAAAAAAUGAAUAUUCUUUUAAAGUUUACUGGCCUGCCUCAAGAGAAGUGGAAGAUAGUAAAAUACAAGAUUAGUUGAAGCUGGUGGUAUUACUAUCACAUCGAGAUUUGGCGAAAAAAUUUAUCUCAAGGAAACAUGGAAACAAAGAAUGUAAAAGUAGAGUUUUUCCUCUAUGUAAAAUGCUUAUGUUAAGUAAAUAACAGUGCUUGUGUUUUAUACAAUGAGACUUUCAAAAAACUACUUACACAAAUAUGCAUACAUGGAAAAUUUAUGUAGGUUGCUUUCUACCGAUGUAAAUUGAAUUUCACCUUGGAAUUUGUGAUUCAAAUCUAAUUCUUAUAAGCAAUAAAAGUUCCUUUAGCUGUUCUUUUA